CGCGGAGAUAAAGAGCGGGUAUUUGCUUAUUGGCGUUGACAAGGCCUUUCACUUUGGAAAAAAAGUGAUAUGCACGUUUCUGCCAACCGGGAUAAUAGACAUCUGCUAAUAUCAAAAAUUCUGAUAAAAGAGCAAACCAACAAAGAAAUACUCCAACAAUGACUGAAUCUCCGAUCGGGACCUUCCACAUCCACUACUUCGCCAGCGCAUCCAGCUUUACAAAUAAGCAAUCUGAAACCCUGACCGCACCGCUUCCACUGGCCAAAUUAUUUGAUGUUUUGGAGGCCAAGUAUCCCGGGAUCGAGGAGAAGGUGUUGACGAGUUGUGGGGUCAGUAUCAAUGCUGAAUAUGUGGAUGUGGAGGAGGAAAGAAUUAAGCUCCGCGAUAUGGAAGCUGCCCGAGACGGGCAAAGCAGGACUCUGGCAUUUAUUUGCGGUGGGGAUGAAGUAGCUAUUAUUCCCCCCGUUAGUUCUGGGUAAUUAAC